AUGGCGCCAGCAGCAGCCUCCGCGGGCAAGAAGCAGAAGAAGAAGUGGUCUAAAGGAAAAGUUAAGGAUAAAGCCAACCACGCCGUCGUCCUCGACAAAGCCACUUCAGACAAAUUGAACAAAGACGUCCAAUCAUAUCGACUCAUCACAGUGGCUGUUCUUGUCGACAGAUUAAAGAUCAAUGGCAGCCUAGCGAGAAAGGCACUGAGUGAUCUGGAGGAAAGAGGUGUUAUCAAGAAAGUUGUGGGACAUUCGAGAGGAAGCAUUUACACAAGGGCGGCUGCUGGUGGGGAUUGA